AUGGAUCUCAUGAUAUGCGGCACUUGCGGCGUCCAAUUCGACAGCCACGCCGUCAAGUCAUGCAAGAUCUGCGAUGACCCGCGCCAAUACGUCGCUGAAGACGGCCAAUGGUUCACCACCCUCCGCGAGCUCCAAGACUCCAAAGAGUACACAAACACCUUCACAAAGGACAAAUUCAACUCCGCCGUCAUCGCGAUCCGCACCGAGCCCCAGCUCGCCAUCGGCCAGCGCGCCUUCCUUCUCCGCUCGCCCGGCGGCAACGUCCUCUGGGACUGCAUCACGUACAUCGACGCCGACACGUUGCGGCGCGUCAAGGCGCUCGGCGGCCUCGACGCCAUCGUCAUCUCGCACCCGCACUACUUCUCGACCGCGCUGCACUGGGCCGAGGCCUUCGGGUGCAAGGUGUACGUGUCGGCCGAGGACGGCGAGUGGCUGACGCGCCGCGGCAAGGCGCACGAGCUGUGGGAGGCGAAGACGAUGGAGUUCGUUGGCGGGGAGUUUCUGGUCGUCAAGGUGGGCGGGCAUUUUCCCGGCAGCUCGGUGUUGUUGUGGAAGAGCGAGAAGAAGCUAUUUGUGGCGGACUCGGUGAUGGUGGUGCCCAGUGGGGUAUAUCAUGUUGAUCGGCCGAAAGGGACGGCGAGCUUUGCGUUUAUGUGGUCGUAUCCGAAUAUGAUUCCGCUCUCGCCUGAUGAUGUGCAUGGAAUCUGGAAGGCGAUCUCUGCGCUGGAUUUCGAGGAUGCGCAUAGUGCAUUUCCCGGCCGCGAUGCGAGGGGCGGUGCGAAGAAGCGGCUGCUAGAAAGUGCGCAGUUGUGCGUGAAGUUCAUGGGAUACGCUAAUCAUGCCAUUCACUCCGAGAAAAUUUGA